CACACAGAGCCUUACCUUAGAUUGCAAACUUAUCCAUCAACUGGUACCGAGAAUGGAGAAUGUCCAUAUUGUCAGGGAAUGCUACAGACAAUAGAACAUUUUGAACUCUACCAGGGCGGCCUUCAAAAAUACAU